CAGCGGGGAGGUGUGUGCACAAAUAUUUACGGACUUUCACUGUUGGAGCCAUGGAGCCCGUGGUUUGCAGCCCCCCCUUCGCCCCGCUUUGUUUGUAGGUCCGGUUCACGGCGUGAGGGGUUGUCUCCGUGUGUCUCCGGAGGCAGACCGGAGCGGUCGCCAUCCCUGGCUGUGUAGAGACAGAGGAGGGAAGAAGCAUGUCCCGUCUGUCUCUAACACAAUCCCCAGUUUCUCCUCUGGCUGCUCAAGGAAUUCCUCUCCCAGCACAGCUCACCAAGUCAAACGCUCCUGUGCACAUCGAUGUAGGAGGACACAUGUAUACCAGCAGCCUAGCUACCUUGACAAAGUACCCAGACUCCAGAAUAAGUCACCUGUUUAAUGGCACAGAGCCUAUUGUCUUGGACAGUUUAAAACAACAUUAUUUCAUUGAUCGAGAUGGUGAAAUUUUCAGAUAUAUAUUAAGUUUCCUAAGGACAUCCAAGUUACUGCUCCCAGAUGACUUUAAGGACUUUAAUCUUUUAUAUGAAGAAGCAAAGUAUUACCAGCUGCAGUCAAUGAUUAAGGAACUUGAGCGAUGGAAACAAGAGAAAGAACAAAUGAAAUGUUUCCAGCCUUAUGAGUGCUUGGUUGUAAGAGUGACUCCAGAUUUGGGGGAGAGAAUUGCAUUGAGUGGGGAGAAAGCUUUAAUAGAAGAGAUCUUCCCAGAGACUGGGGAUAUCAUGUGCAACUCUGUGAAUGCUGGCUGGAACCAGGACCCUACCCACGUUAUUAGGUUUCCUUUGAAUGGAUAUUGCGGGUUGAACUCAGUGCAGGUGCUUGAAAGAUUAUUUCGGAAGGGAUUUAAUGUGGCAGCUUCAUGCGGUGGUGGGGUGGAUUCCUCUCAGUUCAGUGAAUACGUGCUGUGUCGUGAGGACAGACGACCACAACCAACCCCAACAAUCAGAAUAAAACAGGAGCCCCUGGACUAGACCUUACCCCUACUUCUUUGUAACCAUAGAAGUGUUUAAUAGUCCCUUAUAUGAAACACUAAGGAUUUGCAAAACAGUAUUAGCAAACAGGUUUUGACUUUAAGUUGCCAGUUAGUGGUAUUCUGAACCACCUGUCACAUAGCCAGCCAUGACAUGCAUUUGAAAAACCAGUUGUGUUUUUCAUGAUGGAAUUCUUGAGCAUACUCAGCAUACCAGGCCUGCAGGGAGCAUACUUUGGGCUGAACAGAUGUGGUGGUGGAAAAGACAAAGCUUCAUCAACCCCUGACCAUAGGUUGGACUUCUGAAAGAGCAGUUAAUGCAAUUUGAAUAGAUCUGCAGGAGAAGCAGUUCUGACAGCCUUUCCAGCCGUAUCCCAAUGCUGUGAUGCAUGGAAGCAGGAUCCUCCAAGAGGAAGAUGGUUCCCUAAAAACUGCACUGAGUAUCUUCCCUGACUGCUGCACCUCCUUCAUAUCAAAUGUGGUUUACACCUCCAUACAUGACAUGACACUUCCGUGAUUGUACUUGCUUGUACUAGCAAAUGGCUUAUUUUUAUACUAUAUUUCCAAUGGAAACAUCUCCCUGUGGACAGACUCUAGAAACUGAAAAGGACCGAUUUAUAGUCAACUGGUGCUCUGUACUAAAAAACCCCACACAAAACAACAUGACAACAAAAUUGACAAGGCCAAUUAUGGCAAUGUUUGCAAAAGUAGGGAUCUGGAAGCACAAAAUAAAAUGCCAGCUGCCAUCCCAUGGGGGUCACAUACCCAACAUGGAGCUAUAGUUCUCUUAAAGCCAAUCUUGUUUUGACUCAGAAACUGUUAAGCAGCAUGGUUCUGCCAAGCAAGCUCUGACACCCCUUGUUAAUCAUUUACUAACCAUGUUGUAAGCCCAUGUUUGGACAAGCCUAUUCUUUAUGAGUCUGGAAUUUUGCAAAAUGAUGUUAAAACCCUCUAUACUGCCAGUGUCUGAUGAAAGUUGGACAUGCUUGUUUAGAUUGGUUUCCCUCUAUUAUUUUAAACUAUUAUUAAAAUACAGUUUGGUAGCUGCCCUCUACCUGUAAUUUUGUCUAUUGAAACAGGCUGUCUGCAGGAGGUAACUGACUGCUCCUUCCAUGCAUUGGUAUCGACUCUGACUAGCAGGGCUUCCUAACUCAGGAGACAGCACUAGGUUUGCAGGUACAAGGUUAUAAAUAGCAUUCUGCUAAAUCCUGUUGAUUGCUGUUUGGCAUGAUUGGGUUGUCAGUAGCUAAUUCAUGUGUUAAUCACAGUUUAAUUUCUCCCACAUUAAUUUAUAGAAUACUGUUGUAGAUGCUGAAUUUUAAUGAAACUCUUUAUAUGCAUAAAUACGGCAUAAACAAGGGACAGAGUAUGAAGUGGUCAACAGUUCCUUAAUGCCAAUUGAUUACAAUCAGACAAAGUUAAAAAAUCAUAUUUACAACUAAUAUUUUCAAAAGCAAUGAGCUGUAGUGACUGCCCAAGGCAUAAUCUAGGCAGGGGUCUAAUUUUUUGAAGAGGGCUGGAUACCUGUUCAUGGAAAAUCAGACCUCUGCAGGUUUCCUCACCUUGGUUACCCAACUCGGCAAUCUUGUAGCUGGUCAGUGUUGGCCUGCUAACUUAGCAGAACAGUUGAGCACAUCUGUCUACUUCAAAAGAGUUGUAAAGUUAUUUUAUUUUGUGGUUUUAUACUUGUAUGACAUUCUAAAGUUGCUAUGCAUUGCCAUAUUUGAAUAUAUGGCAUACCAUUCACCUUUGUAAGAUAUCUGUAUAUUAUACAUUUAAUAUUGUAAAGAACUUAACGUAUAAUUGUCAUGUAUUUGUGUAUGCACAUUUCUUUUACAGUAAUUCAUGUCAUAAACAUUUCUGUAAAGUAAAUGAUCAAAAAUAAGCAAGUAGGGUGGAACACUCACUGUAUCUCCCAUGUUGUUUGAUAGACAUGAAAGUUUUUGAUUGCAUCUCCUCUGGCCUUUUGCUCCAUUCAGCUCAAUGUAGCCAUGUCUUACAAAGAGAAAAAAAAAGUGUUUUAUUUAUUACUUUCAUACAUUAAGUUCACUUUGAGUUCAGAGUAUCCUUAAGUAAGCCGUUUAGCUUCUUGUUUUAAUCCUACAUGUGCUUAUGUCCUGCCCUCCUGGACAGGGAGGUUUAUGGUUGGUUGUUUUUUCUUCAGAUUAGAGUUUUUUACUGUAUGUUUUUUUAGAGCUCAAUAAAGCAUCUCCGGUGCUUCAGGCAGCUUGUUAAGGUGGCAUUGGAAAGGGUUCCAGGAUGUGCCAGCCAAGUUAAAUGUGAACUUCAGAUGGAAAGUUUGAGCCAUGGCAUCACAGCGUUGACUGCAAAAUAGCACUAAGGCAAGGAAGAUGUGGAAACAAUCACUCGGUUAGAAGAAAUAUGCCUUUAAAAAAAAAAGUUAAGCUAAGACAUGUUCUUUUAGUUAGUAACUUCAGGUCACUUAUUUAAAGUUUAUUACAGUUUCAUUUAUAACUUUUUUACUUAUUUCCCUAUAUGUUUAGGCAGCAAUGGCAGCAAAAACUGAUUUGAAUUCUUACUUCUGGCCUUAAACCAUAGCAACAUAACUUAAUUAAGAACAUUGCUCAGAAUCACUAGGAUGGAUUUUAGAACACCCCAGCAAGCCCAGUGAAGGCUAA